CUACACGUGUGUAGCUCUGUGUGAUGCUAGUCCAUAGAAAGUGGGUACUACUCGCUCCAGGAUGUGUUGGUCUGUGUUCAAGAUCCUUCUCUUCUAGCAGUGACAGACCCCCCAGGUCUACAUGCUCUAUCUAUGGACGUCCUAAAAAGAACGAUAAUGAAUCAUUGCAGUGUACUAGAGAAGACGGCACUGAUGGUAGUAGACAUUACGUGUAUAGAGACAAUGGAGGGAAUGUAUUGUACAGCUUUCCUAGCGUAACCACCAUUUUAAAUAGCACUCGAUCUACUUCUGAUAUGUUCAGAAUGAAGGUGUGGACUAAAGGACAGAUUGAGAAAUAUGGAAUUGAGAGAUUCAAAGCAAACCGGUUGAGGAUAAUAAAUGAAGGGAAAGCAUUUCAUGCAGAGAUUGCUGACUUCUUAGCUAGUAACAGCUCCUCCUCUUUCACUGAUAGCAAUACUUCAGAAUAUUUUAAUAGCAUCCGUGAAUUAUUAAUUAAUGACAUCACUGAUGUAAAACUGUGUGAGGAGAAUGUGUUGCAUGAAGAACUAGGAUAUGCUGGUACUGUUGACUGCCUGGCUAAAUACAAAGGUAAAACUUGUGUCAUUGACUGGAAGACAUCACAAAGUCCAAAGUCAGACUUGUUUGACUAUCCAUUACAAGCAGUGGCUUAUGCUGGAGCUAUCAACAACAUGGGACAGCAUAAAGUUGAUAACUUGCUGAUAGUUGUUACAUGUUCAGGGACUCCUCCAUUAGUAAAACAUUUCAAUGUAAAGGAAUGUACUGAACUGUGGGAGCAAUGGAUUGAUAGACUGGAAUACUAUCAGACCAAAUCUUAUAAUUAAAGUAUUUCAUUGUGUUAUAAUUUUAUUUUGCAUUGUUAUAUUUUAAACUGUC